GUCGGACGCACGUCUAAUCCUACCUCUUAUUACUACGAAACUUCACCGUUACUCUAAUGCAUAUAAAACAAUACGUUUAAAAUUCGAACGCGUUCCAUUUAAAUUUGAAUAUAAGAAGACAAUUUUAUUACGAGUGUAGUCUAAGAUUUUUGUUUUGUUUUUAAUAUUAGUUGUGAUAAAUUAAAAUAGGUGUAUUUGAUAGAUUUUUUCGUAAUAACGAUGGCAAAUGGAAUGACACGCCUGUUUGCAGUAGUGUCAACUUAAAUUGGACGUUAUGCUACUUCCAUUUAAAGCGGAUUUUGAACAUCCUGAUGCCUUUUUAUGAUGAUAUGAGGGAGGACCCAAGUAUGAACCUCACCCUAAAUGCCUCAGCAAAAUGGGUAAUAGAGGCAUCAAGGGAGGUCCAGAACCCGAACACAUUGCUUCAGAAAUUUUCCCUUAACCGAAAAGUCGAUGACCCUACACGAGCCUUAUUGCUGACGUUUUAUGGUAUCCUGGUAACGAUCGGCGCCGUUGGGAAUGCCCUUGUUGUUAUUUCUGUAGUGAGAAAGCCGGCGAUGCGAACAGCGAGAAACAUGUUCAUCGUCAACCUAGCAGUCUCAGACGCGUUGGUCUGUUGUGUUGGCACGCCACUCACACUAAUGGAGCUUUUGACCAAACAUUGGCCACUGCCAGACUGGCCAAGCCUUUGUAAAGCCUGCGGGGCAAUUCAAGCUAUAUCAAUAUUUGUCUCAACCAUAUCAAUCACGGCGAUCGCUUUGGACAGAUAUCAGUUGAUCGUGUACCCGACGCGGCCUGGAUUGCAAACAAUGGGAGCCCUUAUCACAAUGUUCUUUAUAUGGGUCACUGCAUUCACUCUGGCCUCUCCUCUUUACAUUUUCCGAAGUCUAAAAACCCAUAAGGUUGGUUUACUAGGCAUGGACUCCUUAAGUUUCUGCAUAGAAGACUGGCCCAUAGAUGAUGGGAGAGCCGUAUACUCCUUAUUUAGUCUUAUCUUCCAAUAUCUGGUGCCAGUUCUAGUAGUUGUAAUGGCGCAUGUACAAAUUCAUAGACGACUGCGCGGCAGACGAAGGACUACACGCAAAACACCAGCAAUCCUCAUAGCCAUUGCUGCUACGUAUGUGAUAAGUUGGCUACCAUUAAACGUUUUCAACAUAGUCGCCGAUUUCAGUUCUGAAGCGAUUUUGGAUGAGACAUCGAUGACAAUAACAUACGCGGUAUGCCACAUGUUUGGGAUGUCUAGUGCUGUAUCCAACCCAUUGCUAUACGGAUGGCUAAACGACAACUUCAGAAAGGAGUUCGAGGAAAUCCUAUGUUGUUGUAGAACAAAGAAUCAAAUGAAUAAAAACAUGAGGAUUAAGAAUAGGAAAAUGGAUACUGAGCUGACGGCUCUGGCGCAGCUAGAGCAAACUGUGACAGCUAACACGAAGACAUCGCAAUGCUCCCAAAUUUUCUGACUAAAGACUUGUUUCAAAUAGCAGGAAACCUUCGAGAUGCAAAGCAUCUGAACUCUUGUCAAUUCGAAUAAUUAGUUCUGUAUAGUGUAAUGGUGUAAAAAGUUCCUCUGUUAAUUUCACCUCUUGUUGAUAAAACUGUAUAGAUAAUGUGUAAUAUGAGUCGUGUAAAUAUAGAUCUUUCUAAAUGUAAUAAAACAAUGGGGAUUUACGUUUUAUUGAGCCCAAAACGUAAAUCGCCUAAUUAUUGAUACGAAAAUGUGACUUAAGUGUCUUAAUUGUAAUUUUUUUUUAAUAAAAUCAUUCUUCUGGG